CUCUAGAUGGCCUGCUAUCAUACACACCUGGGUUUUCAUCGGGUCAAGAGUUGUGUUUUCCACCUACAACUUCCAUUCAAUGCCUUCAAUUUUUCUCUGCCACGAGAACUGGCAAUCGAGUGGUUUGUUUAGCUACCAGGAAUCAUGGCUGUCGCCCGUGAAAUGAUCAUCAAUCUCUACCGAAAUAUGAUCAGAGAAAGCAAGAAAUGGGAUUCGUAUAAUUACAGAAUGUACGCACUUAGAAAAAUCCGUCACGAAUUCAGAGAAAAGAAAUUGCUUCAGGACGCAGAGAAGAUAAAGGAAAGUUAUAACUAUGGAUUGACGAAUCUGGAUAUGAUCAGAAGACAAGUGACGAUUGGGAAUCUCUACAGCACUCGAGGUCUUGUGAUAGAAAAAAUGCCGCCGCAAAAAGCGCUAUAGAUUUAAUCAUUGGAUAAUGCAACGGUACAAAUAAUUAUCAUUUAAUACCGUUCAGUGAAUUGCGUAAAGGACGUUUAUUGUUGAUCAAUUCGUUUAUUAGUAAUAAAUCGGUAAUUUGUAAAUAAAACCCAUUUAUCCUCGUCUG